CAGCGUGACGUAUAAUCUAGUGGACGGAAGGGAUCAACAACAACGAGUCAGCCACCUUUGUAGCCAACAGCCGAAACAUUUAGACUUUUUCUGUGCAUAUUUGCCUCUGUGUUUUACAUAUACUUCUGACGUCUAGUUAAUUGCGCCCAUUUAAAUGUUAUAGGUACAUUGUUAGUCAACUAGCUGGCUUGAUAAGUUAGCCUAGCACUAAACUAGUCGCUCAUGCUAGCUAGCUAGCCAGCUAACAUCCCCGACCAUGAGCUCACUGAUGCAUUCCCCCCCUGCUAAAGAAGAGGAGGUCUGCUGGACGGAGAAAGAAGCUCUGGGGCUGAACAUUGUCGUGAAAGAGGAGAAGGAAGAGGAGGAUGUUACAGUAAAACAAGAAGUAGAGGGUGAGGCUGUUACAGUGAAAGAAGAAGAGAAAGAUGUUUCAGUGAAAGAAGAGGAAGACUCGUUCAGAAUGGAGGAGGAUGUUACAGUAAAAGAAGAGGAGGCAGAGAAAGAGGACGAUACAGUUUUUGAAGUGAAGGAGGAGAAAGAGGGAGAGAGAACGGUCAUAUUGACAGAGGAGUCAGGAGAACUGAUUACCAUCAGAGAGAUACGGGACUAUCGUGGAUCCUCUGGGGAGCCUCAACAACAUCAUGAUGCUGACGAGGUAGAGAAGAGUGUCUCCAGAUCAGAACUCCUCAAGAAACACCAGCAGAGACCCACAGGGAAGAAACCUCACUGCUGCUCUGACUGUGGGAAGAUCUUUUCAAAGUCAUAUAUACAUUACAAUCACACCAGAUAAUUCACACAGGAGAGAAACGUUAUAGCUGUGCUCAAUGUGGGAAGAGUUUUGCUACAUCUAGCAAUCUGACUAUACACCAGAGAACACACACAGGAGAGAAAUCUUAUAGCUGUAAUCAAUGU